ACCAGGACCAACGCUUUUGAUGUUCCUCGUCCUGACCCAUCUGGACAGCACUCAAUUCACAUCGAACUCCCGCUCAUCAGGGAUUUGAUAUCAAGCAAGCUUAAUCAGCUUCCAUCCCGCCACCGCAUGGGUUUCAUAGAGAAGCUGUCACAUUUUGAUGCGGAGGUUGGUAAGGCGUGUUCAGUUAUUAAACAGAAUCUUCAGCAGAUUGUUGAGAAACAAUUCAAUCUAUCUGAUGUUUUUGGCGAGUUAAUUGAUGAGGUCCUCCGUGCCGAGGCGGGUGACAACGAAGAUGCUUAUGAUGUGCAGAAAACCACAUCAAAAUCAGAUGAUAUUCUUCCCCAGACAGCUGAAGGAUGUACGUGUCCGGCCCCCCCAACUGUACCCGAUAUGUCUACUCCAGUUUCUCAGCUGGAUACGCAGUUUACAGACACACAGAACAAAACACCUACAACCUCAGUGGGUAAACAUGGUGACGGUGGCAAGAACAUGCCGACCAAUACAAACGUCACUCCUAAAGCAACACCACACAUGGAUCCUGACGCGCCGAUAUUUGAUGCGACACCGCAAAUCAAGUCUACUGGCGGCGUACAACAAGUGGCAGAAACAGACUUGCCUGACAGUGGUCCAUGCUUUGAUCAGACUCCAUCUGAACAUGUUUAUGUUGAAACCGAUCCAGCUACAAACACUCCACAGGUUGGCCAGGCUUCUCUUGAUUCGGAGAUGCAAACUGUGUUAGCUCUACGCGAAUAUUUGUGUGGUCUGCAAUCUGACACCCGCAGGACCAUAAUAGAUUAUGGUGAAUAUUCAGCGACAUGUUCUGACAUAUAUGAAUCUUUUGUCGAUGGGAAGUGUCUCGACAAUGGAUUCAUGCAGUGUUUCAUCCAAUGUGUUAUUCAUGAUGCAAAAAAUCAGCAGACUUCCAUGAGUUCAAACAGUUUGGUUCUUGAUGUUAAUGUUGGGUCAAUACUCAACUUUGAGGAACAGGAACGACACAGUCGCAAUCCUCAACCUUUUGAUGAAUCUGUACUCCACACACUUCUAGACAAUUCAUUGCCUGAGACAGAUGAGUUGGACCAAUGCAAAGCGAUCAUGGUCCCCAUGGUAAGCAGGGGGCAUUGGACAUUGUAUGUUGUCAACAAGGUCAAGAAGUGCAUUCAUAUUUUAGAUUCCAACCCAUAUGGACCAACACUUGGUGGAACUACAUGGAAGGACUAUCAUUUUGCACAUUUGGGCUGGAUCAAAUGA